AUGGCGAGUAUAGAAGUGUCUCUGGCUGGAUGUCGGCGACGCAGCGGUGCGCGAGACGCUGCCCGGGAGCUGGACACGUUACGGGCGGCGCUCGUCGACAAGGACACACUCAUACAGAGCCUUAAGAAGCAACUAAGCGCUUCGCUCAGCGCUGCCCGUCUAGCCGCACAGGCUUCUUCACCGCCUGCCUCUAGAGCGAGCCAACGCGAGGAGUCUCCAGCGACUCUCUCCGCAGAGGAACGUCGGGCGCUGGAAGAACGCGCCGCCGCUGUCAACGCUGAUCUGGAAGCCAGGAGGACGAGCAUUCAGGAGCUUAGAAAGAGGCUGGAAAAGACGCAUGUCACUGAAAAUAUCGACACGCGCAUCCAGCAGGCGGAGCUUCAGUACCAACUGGGUCGCGAGGAGCUGGAGCUGCUUACGCUGGGCGAGCAGGCGCGUGCGCUGGCGCAGCUCAUUGAGCACGCGGACGCUGCCAGCCGAGUAUUCACCACCACCCUCUACAGCCUAGUGCGCGACUGCGGAGGAACCGCGACCGUGCUGUCAACAGAGGCGAGCGCAAGCUCAUGGAGCGCUGCACAGCGCGCUGCUGGAGCCACCGUACACUGGGCUGCGGAGCAUUGCGUGCUCAGGCAGGGAGACAGGUUACUGGAAGUAAACGGUACGUCGGUGGUGACCGGCAAGAGUCAAGAAGAUUUGCAGCGGGCGAUCAGUGCCGCGAGCCCCGCUCGUCUGGUGGUUCUCCGUGAGCAAAAGACUGCGAAUCCAGCACCUGCUGCGCCAUUUACACAAAACGAAGCGGCAUCUCUACGGACGGAGCUGAGCGCACUGCGUGUGGCCGCGGAGGACGCGGAGCGGGCGAAGGAGAGUCUACGAGCCGACAACACGCGCCUCACGCACCGCAUCUCCUACCUCGAAGAGCAGGUCGCCGAGAUGCUCUCCAGGCACACGCAGCUUCACUCGGUCAGCAGCAGCGACAGCUGUAUAACAGUAAACAAAACGAAGAAAAAUGUUACGAACAUAAAUAUAACGUCAGAGCCGCAACAUAAUAACAAACCGAGUCCAAAGUCCGAGGUCCAAGUAUUUCAGAAAGGACCAGACAUCACCGCUAUCGUCGCCAAACUCCCCGGUCUAGACGGCGCGGAGUCCAAUCUACCAAUAAUUAGACCAAGAUCGAACGCAUCAGGAGCGUCAUCUAGAGUUGCGAUAUCGCCCAGAGCUUCACCAGCGCCCAACCAUCGCUCACACAGCUCACACAGCUUGGAACAUCGAGCGGGCCGCAUCAGGCACUCCCUUUCCCACCACUGUAUUAACGGCGCAGUCGAUUAUAGCGCUGAGACUGAUGCCGCCAUACGUAUGAUCGAACGAAACCAAAGACACAUGGAAAAACAACGAUUAAAGAACGAAAGGUUCAACAAGUCGAAAGUAGACGACCACUUUCGUUCUGACAGUGAUAUAGACGUCCGAGAUUCCCUUUCGAAAAAUAGCGACCCUAGACACUACGAAAUCAAGAAAGCUGCAGACAGAAUUGAGGAAAGUAUAAAAAAGACCAACUGGGCGGAAAGAAAGACCUUAUCUAUAAUAGAACAACUGAAACGAUCACAGCGGAUACGUAAAAUGAAGAAGAAUGACAGCGCCGAAGACAUACAAGUAGAUUCAGAAAGAAAUUACAUGUACGACCGAAUAGAUGGAAAAGUGUUAGAAAACGCUCACAAAUCAAGUCGGAGAUCCUCAUCUUCCAAAGUGCACUCUCGAAGUGGGAAAUCUUCAGAAUUUGAAUCCGAAUGUUCCGAUUUCCCUAAUGGAGAUGUGUACAGCAGCUCACCGAGAUUAGACUAUGGUUCUGAGAGCUGCUCGACACGAAUGAGUCAUUACAAAAAGAACGAUGACAGACGAGAAGACAGCAAGUCUAGACCAACCCCCCCUAGAAAACCACUGCGAUUGUCCUUGCACAAAGCUCGCAGUGCGCACUCGAUAUUGAACGGCACCGAAUCUGAAACACCAAGUAGACCUUACUCGGAAGCCCAAAACGGAGACAUUGCUCAAGAAUCACCGAGCAAAAGACCAGUAAAACGAACGUACGCGGCGGACAAAUGGGCACGAGAAAGAAUGAGGGACCCCGGUCGAGCUACACCUCGACCUACACGGAAACUACUAAAUGGCCUAAGCGCAUGCGAUACCCCCGCUGCUGACGACUUGUAUCCAGAAACGAUGCACGUGCCAAUGCGUGUUAACGGCAUUGUACAAGCGGCCGGGAAGUGGUGCUAG